UUUCACCUUUCCGGAGAGGAGAAUGGAGGAGAAGAGGUGGGGGAGAGGUAAGGGAAAGUGAAAUUAAAAGAUGCUGCUGGCAACUCUGAUUCCGUUCCUUUCCCCACAUAGAAAUGAGAGAGGCAUCCUGCUCCCUUCCAUGCAAAGCUGCUAAUGCCCUGCUCCGGAGAAGCGGAGCUGGAGAGUGAGAGAAGGGAACAGCAGCUGAGCCUGGCAGCAGAAUGAGAACGUGAAGCUUGAAGAAGCUUCUUCCUACUUUUCACAGGAAGGAUGGAGAUCCCCAAAAUGUUCAGGCUCUUGGUAACGCUCCUGAAUCUAUUAUCCUGUCUCAAACGUGUGGAGGCUCUCCUGGGAUCCCAGCCCAGCCAAAACCAUUUGCAGAGUGCAGCAUCCAGUGUGUGCGGCAUCGGACCUGUUGGGUAUUACAAUGGCUCACUGGCAGUCACUGAGGCUGGGGCAGAGUGCCUGAACUGGGCAGAGUUCCCUGAUUAUGUUCAGCAAUACCCAGACCGUGGCUUAGGGGACCACAACCACUGCAGGAACCCAGACGGGGGAACUAUACCCUGGUGCUUCUACCGGCUUGCUUCGGGGGCCAUCGGCUGGGCUAACUGUGACUGUAACCAGGGUGCUGUGCGGCUGGCUGAAGGUGGUAGAGUGGAGCUGUACUUCAGUGGACUCUGGGGCACCGUCUGUGCUGACCACUGGACUGACUGGGAUGCCAGUGUUGUCUGCAGGCAGCUAGGUCUCAGUGAGAUUGGCACAGCUGGGAAGAAGAGUCAUCCUGAAUUGUGGCCUAUUCCCCUGCACCUACAGUCAGCAAACUGCCAUGGGGAUGAGAAAGCUCUGCUGCAGUGUGGCUACCAGGAAGCUGUAUCAGGAGCUUGUAACCAGGGAAGUGCCAUGGCAACAUGUGUCCCUCCAGAAGGUGUAGGUGCGCCACUGCGUUUGGUUGGGGGAAAGGAGAGCUUUGAAGGACGAGUGGAGGUUUACCAUGAUGGCAAGUGGGGUACCAUCUGUGAUGACCAGUGGGAUGACCGGGAUGCUGAAGUGGUGUGCAGGCAGCUGGGACUCAGUGGGAACCCAAAGGCCUUGUCAUGGGCUCACUAUGGGCAGGGAUCUGGCCCAAUCCUGCUGGAUGAAGUGGAGUGCUCAGGCAAUGAACUCUCACUUGACCAGUGCAAGAAGAGUGACUGGGGACAACAAAAUUGUGACCACAUUGAAGAUGCUGGGGUCUCCUGUGACCCUUUCACAGAUGGCACUGUCAGGCUGACUGGUGGCCGCAGCCCCAGUGAAGGCAGGGUGGAAGUUUAUUAUAAUGGAGACUGGGGCACAGUAUGUGAUGAUGGCUGGACAGAUCUCGGUGCCCAGGUCAUCUGCAGGCAACUGGGCUUCAGUGGUCCUGCUACUCUGGCCUCUGAAGGGGAUUAUGCUGCUGGCCAAGGCUUUAUCUUACUGGAUGAUGUGGCCUGCACAGGGAUGGAACUCUCCCUCCUGGACUGUCCCCAUAGCAGUUGGGGGCAACAUGACUGCUCGCAUGCUGAGGAUGUGGGAGUCCACUGUUCCCCCGAGAGCAACACUGUCAUUGAUGGCAACCUGGGGCCUCCUGUGCGGCUGGUGGAUGGAGAAAGCACCAAGGAGGGACGGGUUGAGGUGUUCCUGAAUGGGCAGUGGGGCAGCGUCUGUGAUGAUAGCUGGACAGACAGAGAUGCUGCAGUGGUUUGCAGGCAACUGGGGUUCAGUGGUGCAGCAAAAGCCAGGGGAAUGGCUUAUUUUGGUGAAGGCCAUCGGCCCAUCCAUCUGGACAACGUAGAAUGCAGUGGCAUGGAGCGCUCCCUGGGGGAAUGUGUCAGGCCUGACACCGGGAUUCACAACUGCUGGCAUAGUGAAGAUGCUGGUGUGAUUUGUGACUACGUGGAAGAGAAGGUCCAGGAUAUCAGGAAAGCAGGUCCAGAGCUUGGCAUGUGUGGGAUGCGCUUGCUUCACCGUCGGAAGAAAAGGAUCAUAGGUGGAAACAAGUCUCUCAGAGGCGGUUGGCCGUGGCAGGCCUCGCUACGGUUGAAGGGUUUUCAUAGAGAUACUCGUCUGCUGUGUGGAGCAACGCUGAUAAGCAGCUGCUGGGUAGUAACUGCAGCCCACUGCUUCAAAAGGUUUGGUGUUGAUGUGCGACGCUAUCUGGUGCGGGUAGGCGAUUACCACACAAGUGUAAAGGAUGAGUUUGAAAGGGAGCUGCCUGUGGAGAGGAUUGUCCUCCACAGGAACUACUGGGCCAGCAGCAAUGACAAUGACAUUGCCCUGGUCCGAAUGCGGGGCAGAGAGGGGUGCUGCCUCUCCUUCAAUCGCCACGUUCUGCCUGUCUGCCUUCCUGACAGGAAAGAGAAAUCUGACAUCAACAGGCGAGCCUGCAUCAUCUCUGGCUGGGGAGACACAGGGAAGUCCUAUUCAAGAACGCUACUACAGGGGGUGGUGCCUCUUCUCCCACGGGAAGAUUGUGAGGUCCGUUACGGGCAGAAGUUCACUAACCGCAUGAUUUGUGCUGGGAACCUCUCUGAAGAUAAACGGGUGGACAGCUGCCAGGGUGACAGCGGUGGGCCGCUCAUGUGUCAGAGAUCAAAUGAACGCUGGGUCAUUUUGGGGAUCACUUCCUGGGGUUACGGCUGUGGCCGAAAGGAUUCCCCUGGUGUGUACACAAAGGUCAGCAAAUACGUACCCUGGAUCAAGAAAGUGACAAAGCUAAAAUGAAAAUGUCUGAGCUGUAGGAUCUUCAACAUAUGAUCCCUUUUGCUGUGCAGCAGCCGAGGACUAUAGCUUCUGGCCUGUGUGUGAUGGAGAUUUUUUAUUUUGUCAUUGGACACUGGGAAAACUUUAACAUAGGAUUUGGAGAGAAACAGUUAUGGCUGAUUUCUUAGUCUUUGGUUUCACUUUAGUCCCUAAUCUCUUAGAAGAGAAAGCAAGUGCACACCAGUAAGACAAAUAAGUUUGUGUUGCUCUGGCUGCGUCCUGUAAUGCAAUCACACUUGUCCCUGUUUCCUGGAACACAGAAAUGGUAGGAGUGGGAGAAAUACCUGCCUCUGUAAAUCUCUUCACCAAUUUUUGUAUGUUUGCACACUUGAAAGGCACUGCAAGGAGAAAUGAGAUGCUUGGGAGAUGGCACCAGGCUGUGGCAUAGUGGAAAUAUUCAGAUACUUUUUCUUACCAUAGCUCUCUUGGGCUCCAGGAAUCAGAAGCUGGAUUUGCCUGAGCUGAAGAACAGGCCAGCAGUUGUUUUUUUUUUUCUUCCCCUGUCAUGUCUCUAGGGGGAACCUUUUCCCUUCUGAAUAGUAAGUUCUCUCCCAGGUGGUUGAAAGUAUCUGUGCCCUGCAAAGAGAUGCUUGUCCCUCCAGUUGUAACCCUAUAUCAUGCAUUUCCAGUUGCCAGAUCCUGUGGUUUUAUUGCUGCUUUCUCACUAUACAGUGUUUUUUUAAUUUCUAUUUUUCAUAAAGCACCAGCUCCUGGAAUCAGUUGAUUAUGUGAGUGUAAGUCUUCAUUUUUAAGAGACUGUAGCUUUCUUGUUCUCAGAAUUACGAAGAACUUAAAAAUGUGGUCUCAAAAGGCCUAACACACAUUAUUUUUCUUUAAAUCCAAAUGUAACAUUAAUCUCAAACAUGUGGGUGUUGUGAGUCACGAUUUAGCAGCACUCCAGGGAAUUUCUCUUGGUACAUCAUAGUAAUUAACUGGACUGUGUUUAUGAUUCUUAGUCUUUAAUAUCUCUGUUCACAGUUCUCCUGUGAAACACAGAAAUACUCCUGGGGUGUAGAUAUAGAACAGAAAUGCAAGGAGUGAGUGAUUUGCUUAAGGUGUAAAACAGUUAAGCGUGUGGCAAAGCAGCUCCUUGCUUUCCUGAAGUGUGUGCUUACUCUCGCAACCUCUUGGAUAUCCUUUGCCUCUCUCUUCCUUGCAUUAUCCCUCUCUUCAUCCCUCUCAGUGGGAGUAAACUGGCCUAACUGGAGUGUGUGCAGGUAGUGACAUGAAGCUGCAGUUUAGGAUCAGAUAUUCUCAGCCUGAACAGAAAUAAUGUUGAGAGAAAGCAGGAGUUGAUGAAUGCUUCAGUUUCUUCCUUCCCUCUUAUCAGAACAAAUGAACACUUUCCUCUUCACAGGCCUUGAUUAUUUUGUAAGUUAACUUAUUAUUCUUGAGUAGGUAGACAAAUGCAAAAAUAGAUAAAAGAGCUAAGCGCAGUGCACAGCAGUAUGUUUUAGCUGUGUGGAGAUGAGACAGAGAGAAGAGAGGCCUGUUCAGGAGUAGGGACAGUAAGCGUCAGUACAUGACCAAGGACCUGAACACAGAUAAUACAGGAUGGAACUUAUGCCAGACAUGCAUGUUUUGGUUCACUAACAUGCUAAAGGGUAGACAAUAACUGAGUCAGGCACUGGCCUGCUGUCUGGAAGGUCUACACGCAUGGCACUGAAAUGUGUAACACCUAAGUCCAUAUUAUUAGGGCAAGAAUAGAAGACAGGUUAGAGCACAGCCUGUGAAUUAACAAUGUCGUGUUACAGGACAUGUGGUAAUGGAGUCCUAGAAGUUACCUUGGAUUCAACAGGCAGUGACUGCUUAAAACUUGAAUUUGGCUUCUAUAAAACAACUUCACUUAAAGGUGCUGACAUGGUUAGGUGUCCGAUUUUCCUGUGUGUGUGCUUAACUGAACAGUUGUUUUUAUUCUCCCCAGUUAUUAUAGGACAGUUAGAUUACAAAUGCUGCAAAGGCCUGUUUAAAGAUCCUGCUUGGAAAUUUAUUUUUUAAAGGGUUCUAGAUAUCUUUAAAACGUGCAAUGCCAGAACUCCUGCAGCUUGGCCUCUGAGACCAGUCUGAUCUUUUAGCCCCUCUUCCUGAGGGGCUGAAUGUCUGCAGUGCAGCCUGUGCUGGUAACACCAGGCUUGAUCCUUCUGUAGUGCUGUGCUUGGCUCCACAUGGGCUAUGUUGUCCUACAGCUGCUAGCAGAGUCCCUGAGACACAAGCUGCAGACUGCUCACCAUUUUCCAGGAAUUGAAAUGACAGAAGGACUGAGGGCAUUUAUGUUAAAGAGCUCUCAUCUUGCAGGGGACUGAAUCC